UCAGAUCUAAGUCUUCUGUUUUUCUAAAGCUAAGUUAUUAGCUAACCCUAACUCAGCUCCUUCUCUAUUCUCUUCUGCAAACUAAAGAAACAAAGUGAAUUCAAUUUUCUCUUCUUUUUUGUUUCAAUAAAAUCAUUAUCUAUCUUUUCAAAUCAUUACAACCUUUCCCUUUCUUGUACUUUCAUUUUCUUUGCUUCUCAACUUUAGUUCUCUCUCACUCUUUCCAUACAUCUACAUCCUAAGAAACAAGUACAAUUAUCAGAGACAGAUUCAGAGUUUUGAGUCAACGGGUCAAAGUAGAUGUGAUCUACUAGACUUAUUUACAUUUUCAUAUUUCAUUUCAUAAGUAUAAGUAAUUCGAUCUGAAAGUAGCUAGCUAGUGGUUCAACUGAUCAAUCUGUUGAACUUGCUCUAGAUCUGCCUCUCUUACAAUUAAACUAAAUUUCUAUGGAUCCGUCGAACAAUUCGCUCCCCCCUCCUUUCCACACGAGGAAUUUCAACUUACAACACCAGAACCACCACCACCAACAACAACUUCAGUUCCAAAGCUCGGAAGACGAACAAAGUGGAACAAGUGGCCUAAACAUGUCUGGGCAAAAGCGAGAUCGCGAAGACAACAACAAUAACCACGAUGACAACAACAACAAUAACAAUAAUAACUCGAAUGCUGGCGAAUCGACUGAUGAAUUAGGCUUUAACGGAACAAAUAGAGAAGGUGAGUUCAAUAGAAGGCCAAGAGGUAGGCCUGCUGGAUCCAAAAAUAAGCCUAAGGCACCUAUAAUUAUCACUAGGGAUAGCGCAAAUGCCCUUAGAACUCAUGUUAUGGAAAUUGCUGAUGGUUGUGAUAUUAUGGAAAGUGUUUCAAGUUUUUCAAGAAGACGUCAAAGAGGAGUGUGUAUUAUGAGUGGAACAGGCAAUGUUACAAAUGUAAACUUAAGACAACCAGCUUCACCAGGGGCAAUUGCAACCUUACACGGGCGCUUUGAGAUUUUAUCCUUAGCAGGAUCUUUUCUCCCACCACCAGCUCCGCCAGCAGCUUCAGGGUUGACUAUAUACUUGGCUGGCGGACAAGGUCAGGUGGUGGGAGGUUGUGUGGUAGGGUCACUUAUGGCAUCUGGUCCGGUUGUGAUUAUGGCCGCUUCAUUUAGCAAUGCUGCUUAUGAAAGGCUUCCAUUAGAGGAGGAUGACUCAAAUCAGCUUCCGGUUCAAGGAGGUUCACUAGGUUCUCCUGGAGCUGUCGCUACAGGACAAGGACAACAACAACAACAACAACAAUUGUUAGCUGACCCGUCGAUGUUUCAUGGAAUGCCACCAAAUCUUCUCAAUAAUGUUCAAUUGCCUUCCGAGGCCUAUUGGGCAACGGGUCGACCUCCAUUCUAACUAGUUGAGAUUCGUGGAAGGGCCGAGUAAUUUUCUUUGAUUUACUUGUUUAAGUUCACCGCCCUCAAGUUUUGGAUCGUGUGUCGCGAUCCAAAACUUGAGGGCCGUGACCUUUAAUUAGUUAAAGUUCUCUCUCUUCCUCUCUCACUCUUCAAGAAUUCUUAGCAAAGAUUCUUAGGUAAAGGGGUUUCAGAUGUUAGACCAUUUUGAGUUCUUCAUGAUUGUUUCUUUUAGUCACAUCAAACUUUGAGUUAAAAGUCCUUUUUCAAGUUAGGUUUUUGGGUUUUGUGAGUUUGUUAUGAUGAUCAUAUGAUAUGAAAUGUUUGUCAUAAAUUGAUCAAAUGGAUUUUGUAAAUUUGCUAGUU